GCGGUUCGUGCUCUCGAGGCAGUGCACACUACACAGUGAACACUAACCACUGCACAGCCAGUCUGUCAGGAGCAGCGCGGGUUCAGACUCGACUGAAGAGAGAGAGACAGAGAGACCGUGAAAGAGUUCAGAGGCCCCUGCUGUCACCCAGCCUGCACCAUCGGCUAUAAUGAGUGCCAAAUCAGCCCUCAACAAGGCGCUCUUUAUCCCGAAUGAUGAGAGGCUGCUGGCAGCCGUGCAGGUGAAGAGGAGGACGAAGAAAAAGAUCCCGUUUUUAGCUACCGGAGGCCCUGGUGACUACACCACAUUCGUUUGCUUAUCAGUGACCAAUAAGAAGCCAGCGCAGGUGUUCCUCACGAAGGUGAAGCAGUUUGAAGGCUCGUCGUCUUUCGUCAGGAGAUCACAGUGGAGCAUCAGUCAGCUGCGGCAGGUCAACGGCAUCGACUCCGUCCGAGAUUGCCCAGAGUUUGACUUGAUAUUUGAGAAUGGAUCUGACCAGUGGACUGCGGGUUCAGCUGGAGAGAAGUGCAUGUUUGUCCAGAUCCUGCAUCACACGUGUCAGCGGUUCAUCCCCGAAAGAAAACCGGAGUUCAUCAACUGCUCCCCCAAACUGCUGGGAGGGAACAGUAUCCUGCACGAGGCAGCAGACAGUGUGAGCAGCGCGGUGCAGAAGGCCAGUCAGGCGCUGAACGAGCGCGGCGAGAGACUGGGGCGCGUCGAGGAGAAGACGGGACAGAUGAAGAACAGCGCACAGCAUUUUGCCGACACUGCACACAAGCUUGCCAUGAAGCACAAGUGUUAAGCCUUUGCCGCCUUUGCCAUACUUUUGGAGAAUCUGGUACAAAUUCCUUACCCCUGCUCCCCCUCUGCUAUCAGAGAGCAUUAUGGGACGUGCGUGAAGUAUCAUAUGAAGGACAGUGUGUAUCAACACGGCUGAGGCCUUGAAAAGAUCAUGCCUCCUCUACACAUGGAUGGGAUACUUGUCACUGCAAGCUUAAACGAAGCCUUACUCCUGUGUCCUCACUCGGACUGACCUUAACUAGCAUUUUAAAAGAUUCAUACAAAAGAUCUACAAUAGUUUCAAGGUUCAAAUGCCUGUUGAUAUAUGAUAUCCCUUCUUUUCUGUUUGCUUGAUUGUUUUAACCUAUUGAGUGUGAGAUAAGUGCCAUCGUGAAAUAAUUUCAGUGAGAUUAUUAGAGAAAUAUCUAUUUUCUUUUGUAAAAAUCCUUCUAAAGCGUUUGAAAAGAAAUAGCUUUUUUAGCAUUUUGCUGAUUUAUUUUUACUACUAAAAAUAAAGUUCUGAUGUUAAUUUUAA